AUGCGCUUCACAAUUGCCACCAUUGCCGCCAUGGCCGCUGCUGCCGGUGCGACUGUCAUUCCUCGUUCCGACUUGGGUGCCUGGAACGUUACCGUCACCAGGUAUGGUGGUGCCGACAGGGCUCACGGCGAGAUCGUCACUGGUGUCUACGCCAACGACCAGCUGGCCGACAACAUCCCGGUCACCUGCCGCUUCGACAACCUCAUCAAUGGAGAGAUUGUCCAGAAGACCACUUGCAACCCUGACUCCUUCAGCUACAAACUUGAUGGAGACGAUCUCACUCUGACCCAGACUCUUACGCUCGGUGAGACUAAUGUCACAGUAUCGGGUUCCGCAGACGCCCUCAACUUCAUCACCGACGGUAUCAAUGGCAAAACCUUCAUUGCCCACGACGUCCUCGUCACUGCUACUACUGGUGUAGCUUAG